AUGCCUCUGUCUCUGCCAGACCAGGGAAUGAGUCAUUCCCAUGGCGACCUCGCAAUGAACUCCAUUGACCCAAAUACUCUAGAGAAGGUUGAAUGUUUAAUGUCGCUUUCGUCGCCUAGCAACAGCAUGCAGACAUCUGCCAACUCCAAUCCCAGCAGACACCUCAAAAAGAGAGAACAUCUUCUCCCUCGCAGUGUCAUGUUUAUCAAUCCCGCUGUCUCUGCUGAUGAUGGAUUCCUACCAGCCAAUGGCUACCUCCCCCUUACCGGUGGAGAACAAGACUUCUACAUGGACACGAUGCCCUCUAGUGGUGAUGCAGAGGCCAAGACGGCAACGGGGGCGCCACCACCGCCAAAUUCAAACCAAGCAGACCAGCCAAGUAGCAGCGGUGGGGGAAACCCGCCGGAAACGUUAAACGACGGCCCUGGUGGCAUCACGUCGGCCAAUCCCAACUCCAUCACGUCGCCGCGGCUGGCGUUCACGCAGGUGACACCGACGGACGAUGAGGAUCUUGUGGAGGGGUCCGGGAGCGGGUUACCACCCGUUUCUGUCAUUUACUAUAGAUCGGGAUUCACACUCACAAAUGUGCAGUUUGUUCCAGAGCUGCAGCAAAGGAAUUCAACCGAAUUUCAGGAUGUUUCAGAAAGCGUUAGGUUAGCGGUCGAGGAUUUAUAUGCAGAUCUUCCUGGUGAUCAGUUUGUAACAGUCUUGCAAUUUUUAAACCGGACUGGUGAUACGGUAAUACAGUUUGAUUUAGGCAGUGCCGGGUUCUACAGUGAGAUCGCCCUCUAUAGGGUAUUAGAUACAGCCGUCAACAGCGCUCAAGUUGGAUCAUUCACCGUCAAUCCCGAUGAACUCGAUUUCGCUCCUCUUCCAGUUAUUCUUGGCACCUCCACCACGCCUUUCGUCUCGACGCAAGCGAUCACCCAACCAGGACCGGAAUGCGAUCUCAGUCGAGAGUUUUACUGCUCUUACUACGGGAUCUGCAUGUCCCUUAACCUCCGUUGCGACGGUGUCUUGCACUGUCCGGACCCAUCUGAGGAAGAAGGAUGCCCACCAAGAUGUGCGUUUGGCCAGGAUAGAUGUCCUGACGGAAGCUGCCUUGAUACCAACCAGAUCUGCGACGGUUACUACGAUUGCGCCGAUGGAUCGGAUGAACUUGGCUGCUGUAAGUACAACUAUUUAAUCCCAUCUGUACCUGUUAGCAAUUUAGGAGACAGAUCACACUGAAAAAUUAAGGAAAUCAAGUAACUAUACGUCGAACUAGGCCUUGCCACUCCUAUGUUGUUGAUAGUAGUCUUUUGUUGCAGAUAUAGGUUCUAGGACACACCUUAAAGCACCCCAUUGUCGAUUUCUGUUGCGAUUUUGUUGAGCAUUGUUAGCGGCUAGAAAUUUUUAUUCAUUAUACUGCAUAAACAGCUUUGUGUAGCUACUCUAAACCAGCAAUUUGAUUGAUUUCUAAUAUUCAUUUUAUAGACAUGCAAGCAUUUUAUUGGUUGUUUAAGGCUGCUUUUGUUUCUGUUCUUAGAUAUUUUUUUGAGAAUAAAGUUUGGCUCACAACAUAUGCAUGAAAAAAAAUUAAAGCACUGUUUCUUGUAUCUAGAUAUUAUGCUGCAAUGAAUGAUACAUUAGGCCUAAGGCUAGGAUAUUUGUUACUUAUACAUAGUUUUGAAUAUAUUCUUAUGCAUGUAUUCUCUUGCUCCAUGAAGGCUGAAUAAAUAUAUUUGCAUCGAAAAUCUCUUUCUGUUUUCAUAAAAUCGACUUGAAAAGAAAUGAUAUUGAUGCAUUAUAUAACGUUUUGAUGAAAUGAAUAUUAAUUUGUAUUUUGUUUGUAAUUGUAUGCAAAUGUUAUAUGAUGUUUUCUUUGUUUUAAUGCAUUUGUCUGCCAUGUGAUAAUAUGACUUUAUUUCUAAUCAUUUCUAAUUCAUGAUUAACCAGUCAAUUGAAAUUAAGAAUGUUGCUUUGCUAUGCUUUGUUGGGCAGUUGAGUGUUAACUAAUUGCUUAUUCUAAUGCUUGUUUUAAUGCUUAUUCUAAAUCUAAUGCUUGUUUUAAUGCUUGAUGUAAAUGUGUCUUGUGUGAAGUUUUGUUAGUUGAAUAUCCAUUUAAUAAUAGCAGUAGUCUUGGUUGGUGUAGCGCUAUAUAUGAAAUAACGAACAAAUUGUUAAGCACUUAACCACACAUAAGCCUGUAUAAUCCUCGCUGCUUAAUUCAUUUAUGCACCAUUAAAAAGAUAUACCCGGUAAAAAUGGCUGUUUAAAAAUAUUAAGCUUGUCACUCCAACAACUAUUGUUUGAACUUUUAAACCAUUCUUAACCUGUUUAAAAAUGUGAUCAAUAGUUGUUAGAAUGACAAGCUUAUCAACACAAUGUUAACAUUUUAAACAAUGUUUUUAA